CGCCCCGGACUACAUUCCCCACGAGUGACGCGCGAGUAGCGCCGCUAAACUCUCAGCAACACACAAACGAGACUAAUAAUCACAAGCAACGGAUUUGGGAGGAAGAUGAGGGUGAAGGAGAUACUCAGGGCUGCGACACAGGCAUGGAGUCCUGCGAUGAAGCACCCCGCGUACCUGGCCUUAGGAACCGCAGCGCAGCAGCUGGAUGCAUCCUUCAACACCAGCGCCGCCCUGGAGAUCUUUGAGAUGGAUUUCGCUGAUACAUCCAUGGACAUGAAGCUCAGAGGAACUCUGCCCACUUCCAACAGGUUUCACAGUCUGAUCUGGGUGGCGUUUGAUAUGGAGGUGAAGGGCUCAUCCGGGCGGCUCAUCGGAGGCAGUGAGAGCGGAACCGUGAGCGUCUUCAGCCCCGACGCUAUUCUCAGCGCGGGAGAGGACGCCGUGAUCGGACAGUCCAACAAACACACGGGCCCCGUGCACACGCUCGACUACAACCGCUUCCAGAGUAACAUCAUCGCCUCCGGAGCCAGCGAUUCAGAAAUAUACAUCUGGGACCUGAACAACUUCAGUAAUCCCAUGACGCCGGGCGCAAAGUCACAGGUAGGAAUGUGUUUCUCUGUGAGGUGUCUGUGUCUGUGUCUGUGGCAGCACAUACUGGCGUCUGCAAACCCCAGCGGGAAGGCCAUCGUCUGGGAUCUGAGGAAGAACGAGCCCAUCAUCAAAAUCAGUGACCACAGCAACAGGAUGCACUGCUCGGGGAUGUUGUGGCAUCCAGAAGUGGCCACUCAGCUGCUUCUGGCAUCAGAGGACGACAGACUUCCGGUCAUGCAGAUGUGGGACCUUCGGUUUGCAACCUCGCCGCUCAAAGUCCUGGAGAGCCACACCAGAGGAAUUCUGUCCAUCUCGUGGAGUCAAGCCGAUCCGGAGCUUCUUCUGAGCAGCGGCAAAGACAACCGGAUCCUGUGCUGGAACCCAAACACCGGAGAGGUGAUUUACGAGCUGCCGACAGCCAAUCAGUGGUGUUUCGAUGUGCAGUGGUGUCCUCGUAACCCCGCCCUCCUGUCAGCCGCAUCGUUUGACGGACGGAUCAGUGUGUACUCUGUGAUGGGAGGGCAGCAGCAGCAUAGCACGGUGGACCAGAUCUCGGCUUCGUUUGACACCAGCGACCCGUUUGGAACCGGUCAGACUCUUCCUCCUCUGCAGGUUCCUCAGCCCUCAGUCGAAACCACCAUCAUCCCUCCGCUAAAAAAGCCACCCAAGUGGGAACGGAGGCCUGUCGGCGCGUCCUUCGCUUUCGGAGGGAAGCUGGUGAUGUUUGAGAGCCCUAAAGUGGCGCCUCAGCAGCAGCCAAUCCCGCGACAGGUGCAUGUGAGUCAGGUGACCACAGAGACGGAGUUCCUCCAGCGUUCAGCCGAGCUGCAGGCCACUCUACAAUCCGGAUCCUUUAGCAGCUACUGCCACGGCAAGAUCAGGAGCGCCCCGUCUGACGCCGAGCAGGACAUAUGGAGGUUCCUCAUGGUGAAUUUUGAGGAUGAGGCGCGUGUGAAGUUUCUGCGGCUACUGGGCUUCAGUAAAGACGAGCUGCAGAGGAAGAUCUCAGCGUGUUUGGGGAGGAAGCUUCAUCCGAACGGUUUAGACGUGAAUGAUCUGGCUGAGAAGAUGCAGACGCUUUCUGAUCAGAGAGCGGAGGAGUCAGGCAGCGCUGCAGACGGUUCGUCCGGCCACGAGUCUCCUGCUGAUUUCUUCAGUCAGCUACCAAAGAAAAAGAAAGACCGAGAGCCCUUCCAGAUCCCCGUGUCCUCAGAUAUGGAUGGUCUGAUCAGUCAGGCUCUGUUGGUGGGGAACUUCGAGGCUGCGGUGGAUCUGUGCUUGAACGACGGCCGUUUCGCCGAAGCCAUCCUCCUGUCAAUCAGCGGAGGGGAGGAGCUACUGAAGAAGACCCAGCAACGCUACCUCCACCGACAGACCAACAGCGUCUCCAUGCUGAUCUCGUCAGUGGUGACGCAGAACUGGCGUGAUAUCGUCCAGAGCUGUGAGCUGGAUAACUGGAAGGAGGCGCUAGCGGCCCUGCUGACCUACGCUAACCCCGAGGCGUUCGCUCCUCUCUGCGAUACUCUGGGUGCUCGUCUGCAGGCUGAAGGCACAGAGAAGCACUGUCUGCAGGCUUGUCUGUGCUUCAUCUGCUCUGGGAACAUCGAGCGUCUGGUGGAGUGCUGGACGUCACAGAGAGACUGUUCUUCUCCGCUGGAGCUGGAGGAUCUGGUGGAGAAGGUGAUGAUCCUGCGGAAGUCGAUCGAGCGUCUGCGUAGCGGCGAGGUUUGUGUUCAGAGCUCAGCGCUGACCGAGAAGCUCAUCCAGUACUCCAGCAUCCUGGCAUCACAGGGCAGCUUGAGUUCAGCGCUCCGCUACCUGCCUGACAGCCCAGACCAGGCUGGUGUUCAGAUGUUGAGAGAGCGACUGUCACAAGCUAAGGGUGAGAUCCUGCAGAGACCGCAGUCGUCUGCGCCAGCAGGAGGCGCUAAAGCACCAGCAAACACACACACUCCUGCAGCACACACACAGGGGCCGUACGGGGCCGCAGCUUUUCCUCAGAUGCCCCGUCUCUUCACUCCUCAACCACGUGCUGAUUCUGCUGGAGCGUCACAGCCGGGCCUGAGACCCGCCUACCCACAACACCCUGCCACAGCUCCGGGGUUUGCUCCGUCUCAGCCGUUUGCUCAGUCCGGUCCUCUUGGAGCUCCGGUGGGUUUCAUGUCCGGCCCGUCGAUGCCCUCCUCCAGCCUGGCGGGUCCCUCGGUGCCGCCCUCCUCUCCAUCGGGUCCCAUGAUGCCCCCAGGGUUCAUAUCGCCCACGUCUCUCUUCAUGGUUCAGGACGGGUGGAACGACCCUCCAGCUGUACGCGCAGGACAACGAAAGAAAAAGCUGCCAGAGAACUACACUCCCUCUGCUCCAAUCACAGCGCCGGUAAUGGGUUUCUCAGCAGAGGCUCCCGGUCCUCAGGACCGAGUUCAGGUGCCACCCGGAGCCCCUCAGGAGCCCAGCAUACAGAAACUCGAGACUCGCGUCACUGAAUACAGACAUGUGGUUUCCCGUGAUGCCGUGCUGGUGAGCAGCUGGCUGAAGGAGGAAGCUUUGAAUAAAGACGUCCAGUACGAGUGUACAGCAGUGUCUGAAGCGGGAAACGACGUGUCUAAAGUGGACCUUCGGCUCAACAGCAGAGAUGAGGCCGGCGUUCCUCUCAGAGACGUGGAUCGCUGGAAACACGCUCUGACCGACCACAACACACUCCUGCAGCAGUGGAAGAAAGCGUGGGGUCACAUAUAUGAACUUCCCUUGCAGCAAACGAAGCGCAAACUGGACGAUGCCUCCAAGCGUCUGGAGAGUCUGUACGACAAGCUGCGAGACCAAGCGCUCUCUCCCAGCAUCCUCGGCGGCCUGCACGAGAUCAGCCGCUGCGUCGGCGGCCGUAACUAUCAGCAGGGUCUGGAGGUUCACACGCAGGUGGUGAGCAGCAGCAACUUCAGCGAGAUCUCUGCCUUCAUGCCUGUCCUCAAAGUGCUCAUGACCAUCGCCAACAAGCUGGCCGUGUGACUCCAGCGCUCCACGGUAGAUCCGGGUUCCACUUGUGUUUUGAUCUGCCGCUGAACUGUGCUUUAAGAAUGAGUGCAGCAUUAAUAUCACACUGCUGGUGUUCUUCUCAUGUGUUUGGGAUUCUCCUUCCAUGCAGCAGGCCUUAUUCAUCCCACAACAAGCAGAACCACUUUUUGUGUGGAUAUAUUCAUAAAAAUAGUAUUGCAUAAAUUGCGUUGAAUUGAAUGCAACAGUUUGCCUAAAAAUAGGCCUUAAAACACAAGCAGAAUUAAUUUGUAAAACAUUUGUAAAAAUCAUUCUUGCAUAAAUUGUUGCAUUCAAUUCAGUGUUAGAAUGUGUACAAACAAUAACUUUCUGUGCAUAAUUGUUCAUUAAAAAAAACAUUAUUGCAUAAAUUGCAUUGAAUUGAAUGCAACUGUUUGCCUAAGAAUAGGCCUUAAACCAAGCAGAACCAAUUUGUGUGAAUUAUUGCAUUCAGGUCAAAGUGAGAAUGCCAUGCGUAAUUGUUAUUGCAUAAAUUGUGUUGCAUUGACUGCAACGGUUUGCCUGAAAAACAAGCCGAACCAAUUUGUGCAAAAGGCAAAUUGUGGCAUUCAUCUCUACUUCAUUCAACUUUAUAAUUGUUCAUAAAAAUGAUUGCAUAAAUUGCAUUGAAUUAAAUGCCAACAUUUGCCUCAAAAUAGGCCUUAAACCAAGCUAAACUGUCGCAUUUAAUUCAGUGUGAAAACGUGAGAACUUUGUCAUGAAACACAAGCAGAACGACUUCAUGCAUAAUUAUUCGUAAAACCAUUGCGUUGCAUUGCAUGCACAGGUUUGCCUUAAAACAAGCAAAACCAAUUUGUGCAAAUCGUUUGUAAAAUAAUUAUCACGUAAUUGUUGCAUUCAACUCAAUGUGAAAAUCUACUCAAGCAGAACAACUGUCUGUGCAUAAUUGUUCAUAAAAAAUUAUUGCAUUGAAUUGAAUGCAACUGUUUGCCUAAAAAUAGGCCUUAAAACAAGCCGAACCGAUUUGUCUAAAUUACUGCAUUCAGUUCAGUGUGAGAAUGCAAUGUGUAAUUGUUUGCAAAGUUGUUUCAUAAAUUGCAUUGCAUUGAAUUGAACGGUUUGCCUUAAAAGGCCUUUCAAAAGAACCAAAAUUUGUGGAAAUCAUUUGUAAAAUAAUUCUUCUGUAAAUUGUUGCAUUCAAUUCAAUGUGAGAAUCUACACGAGCAGAAUGACUUUCUGUGCACAAUUGUUUAUAAAAUAUUAUUGCAUGCAACUGUUUGCCUAAAAAUGGGCCUUAAAACAAGCCGAACCAAUUAUUGUAAAUUAUCAUGUAAAUUAUUGCAUUCAGUUCAGUCUACACAAGCAGAACGAUUUUCCAUGCAUAAUUGUUCAGUAAAAGUUUAGUGUAAAUUGUCACAUUCAAUUCAAAGUGAGAAUGUAAGAACGUGAUUUUGUCAUGAUUCGUUCUGAAUGCAUUUCAUGGCUGAGGUCCAGUGUUUUUUAAUGUUCCGAGCUUCAUUAAUGUCCUUCAAUCCAUUGCAACAGAUGAAUGCCACUGAAUUCUGCAAGACUUCGGGCUGAAGCGAGUGUGAUGAAACCUGGAGAGAAAGUGUCCAGGUGUUAUUUCACCCCAAAAUCAAUGAAUAAAAGCAAGAAUAACAUUUUUUUUUUUUAAAU